AAAAUGUUGACAUUUUCAUGUUCAUCAUUGUAUAUAGUUGGCAACGGUACAAAAGGCUUAUGUGUGAAAACAAGCACACGAUUUAGACAAAUUAUUAUAUAUAUAUAUGUAUAUAUAUAUAUAUUGUGUAUAUAUUCGUAGUAAUAAUUAUAACAACAAGAAAGAAAUGUGUGACGUUAAUGAAAUAGUAAGAAUGUUAAUCAGUAAAGAAAGAAAAAAUUUGUCGCCGUAGUUUCUCAUUGUGAAUGUUAUCGAAAAGAGAAGAGAGAAGAGAAGAAAAGGAAAGAAGAAGUCUACAAGUAUAAAUAAUGGGAUUAGUCGGCUAAUGGGGUAAAAAGAAGACGAUGAAAAAAGAUAUCGUUAACGCAUUAAAAAGAAAUUUUGUAAAUUAAAAAUUUAUAAAGAAUGUAAAUGUGAAAGGAAAAAAAAAUAUAUUAUACGAGGUUGAUAAGAACGAGAAAUUUUUAAUGGACAGAUGCAGUGCCAAAUAGUGAUAAUAUGCCUUUUGUAUGUGGGGGUGGUGUAUGCACGUACAGAAGAAGAUCAACAGGCAUCGAGUAGUUCCAAUACCAACGGAAUUACAGAAAUUUUUUCAGGACUUUCGGAACAAUGUUUUUAUCGGCCACCAUCUGAUUGUCCUGACUUAAACGUCGAUUGUCCAUGUAAGAAAAUUAAUCUAUCGCGCAAUUACGAAAGUGACGCAGUACUUUGUUGCAAUUUAGAUAAUCAUACUCUCAAAUAUGGUUUCUCAUGCGUUGGAUUUCAAUCAAAUAUAUCUUAUGUUCAUAUUCGUAAUGCUACCUUGGACAUAUUUGAUGCCACAGAAACACGAUGGAGAAGUUUAAAGUCACUUGCCAUAACCGAUGGAAGAAUAAAUCGUGUCAAGGGACAAUUUCUCAUAUUGGCACCAAUGUUAUGUUUGAAUCUUUCAAACAAUGCUCUAAUCGAAGUAGACAAUAAUUCAUUAAUUAGAUUAGCACAGCUUACUACUUUGGAUUUAUCUUAUAAUAAUUUAACGCAUUUACCUGCACUGAAUACAAUGAAUGGUAGAGAAUUUUGGCUUGACAUUUCUGGAACUAAUACUCUCUGGUGUCAUGACAUUUAUCAAUAUAUCAAUAAAACAGGAGAGAAACAAAUUAAUUUUAAUAGGGAAAAUGAAACAGUAUGUUCUGCAAGUAAAACAUGGCAUUGGUUUAAUACUACAGAACAAGUACCAUUGCAACAAGUGCGUUAUCUUAGUUUGUUGCAGACAGAAUGUCCAAAAGGUGAUACUUGGCAAUGUCAAUGUAAUUUUAGAAGAUUAGAUAUAGUCGAAGGAAAACCACCUACAUUAGCAGUAAAUGUGGAUUGUAGUGGGAUACAAUUAACAGAAUUACCGGACAAAUUACCACGCAACACCAUAGCACUAAAUGUUUCUUACAACAAUAUCACAGUAUUAGAUGAUUUGAGUACCAAUCCAUGUUAUGAAGAUAUACGUGAAUUUUAUGCUGACUAUAAUAAUAUAUCAUCAAUCAAUAAAUUAGAAGGUUCCAAAUUUUUAGACAAUUAUGCACUACUCAGUUUAAGAUACAAUAAAAUUAAAUCGCUUCCAACUUAUAUUUUAAGUCUUAAUGUGCAUGAUAAAAGUUUUGUAAGUUCUCGAUUAGUUAAACUUGGUGGAAAUGAAUUGCAUUGUGAUUGUAAUACUGCUAAAUAUUUAAAGGUGUGGUUGCAAACACGUAUAUUAGAUUCAGAUGAAGUUUUAUGCGAAAAUGUAAAAGAAAAGGUGGUUGAUUUAGAGCCAUCAAAAAUGUGUGUCUAUCCUGGAGAUUGGACUGAUUAUAUUUAUUACAUAAUUGCUACUGAAGUGAUAUUAUUGAUAAGUCUGAUAGCUAAAGUUUCUUAUGAUUAUUGGGUAUUUAAAACUGCUGGUUAUUUGCCAUGGCCAGCCAAUAAGAUGCCAAAGCUGCCUUGUGAUUGGCUAUGUGAAACAUAAAAGAAUAUUAUAUUGAUAAUUAUAAAUACGUUAUUUUUUUAUUUCAAUAUAUUUUAAAGAUUAUAUAUUUUUUAUUAUUGGUCAUAUAAAAAAUGUAUAUAUAAUUAAUAUCAAAUCUUGUUUCCAUGACAUAUAUUAUAAUAAAAUGAAAUUUACAUAUUUAAUAUAUCUCUGAUUGGUAUACUUAGUGCGUAUCUUUUGUAGUUUUUUUAAUAUUCACAGGAUUUUUUUUAUUCAACUUUUUUAUCACAUGUUGCUUAUAUUUCGGUACUGUCAAUAUAGUAUCCCGUUCAGGAGCUGUUCGUUCAAGUUUUCGCCUCUCUUUUUUACUAUGUUUUUUCAUAGCAAGCAUAUAUUCUGGAACAUCACAACCUGAUGCACGCAUAACUGUUGCAAUACUAAUUGAAAAAAGAAAAGAGUAUAAUACUUUAUUAUAACACAAUAUUCUAAUUAAUAUUUUUAAUGAUUAAUGUGUUUAAAUAACCUUCUUAAAUUUGUUGUAUCCUGUUCUGUAAAAAAUGUAAUUGCUUUUCCUUUAUGACCAGCUCGACCAGUUCUACCUACAUAUAAAAGUAUUAAUAAACAUUUUACUUGUAACAAGUUU